AUUAGUUCCUGCAGAAGCUGACGUAGCUAUUUCUUUAUCUCGUCCAGUAGAUACAGCUCUUUAGCUGCUCGGCUGCUCAACCUCGAGUCCUAUGUCGUAAUCCCUCUAGGUAGACAUCUAGAGGUAUCAAGGUAUCGAGGAAGCGUCGCUAAGCGCCUUGGCAUCGCAAGGCAGGCUGAUAAGCGUUUGCUUGGAGUCUGAAGGCGACCUCAACCCAGAGGCGGGAAAAAGUUCUAGGUAUCGUGUGUUAGCAUACAUGCCAAUUGUCAAAUAAUUACACGAAUUGUGACAAUUCAUCCUGUGAAUUGAGACGGCGCAAUAACUCAGAGUUGUUACUUGAUCUAGUUAGAUAGCGCUGUGACAUCAAUCUGCCAGCCUUUGCUUCAUGAUACCGCGGCAGAAGGGUUUCAAAUCACGGCAGAUCUGCUUGGCGAUAGUUUCAAACACGCCACUGGGGGUCGUUUCAACCACGGCAAACCAUGCCCUACUCUGAUAAUAUGUAUUCGUCUCUGAGCGAUGACUCGGAUGGCGAGGACUACAUAAUUCAAUUUUCACCUGCUAAUGGUCAAUUCCCGCCCGCUUCGUCCAACGAAACGCCGCGCGUACCUAACGUCUUCAUUCCGGACCCGACACUAUUGCAAAGAACAGAAAGGCCUAAAGCGCAGAAAGCGGACGAGGAAAGCUUCUUAAACUCCCAGGCGGAUCCCUCGGAGCCCUCCUUCGAACAAUCUAGCCAACGGGAGCAGGCAGCAACAGCCACCUCCCAAUUGCUACCACAUCAUCAUCGCGAGGUUACGCCAUCGCAGUCGUCAGCUUCACACGCCCCUUGGCAAGCUUCUUCCAGCCGGCAUCGGUCUUCUUCAUUAUAUUCGGAGGCACCGCCAGCUUAUACCCCGUCGCCUGUGUCCCCAAUCUCACCAAUCCCCCACGGAAGCACCCACCAGCAGAACAGACCAAGUAACUAUAACACUUUUGGUACUAGUCGCAUGAUGGGUACCUCAGGGGUGGAAAGCGAGAGUCUCCUCGGGCAGCAGCCUGAAAGCAUGAGCGCACCAGUAGAUGAAGAGAAUGGAACCCCGGCAUGGGCCAGACGCGUCCGCAGACGUAUGCCUGCUUGGCUUAAAUGGAAGAAUGGGCUGCUAGCCCUAGCUAUCCUGAUAGCUUCGAUAGUGCUACUAGGCGGCAUAUCAUUUGCUUCAUCCCGUCCUACCCAGGGAAAUGGUUCAACCCCACAGCCUGCUGAACCUGUGGAAAAGGAGCCGGAAGCUCAAGAACCUGAUGACUCAGGAUCACCAGAAUUACCGAUUGAGGAAAACUUCUGCCAAGGGGAACAACACCACUAUGACGAUCAGGUCUUAGAUCUAGACUUCGUCAAGUCUCAAAACCUCACGUUUAUAGAGACUAAGUAUCGACAUCAUGGAUCUAACAGUGUCCGUGUUGGCGGUUAUGUCAAUGUACGAAAACUGAGUAAUGGCAAUGGCAGCCCGCGUAUGGAGCUUCAGAUGGUGACGAACGAGCCGGAUCUACGUCUCUUCACUACCCUCGAUGCCACAGUGCAAGAAGUCAAGGUUACCAUCCCCGAAGCAUAUGAGAGUUCUGUACAUGGGCAACGCCCUUGCGUUGAAGUGAAAGGCACUGUCUGGGUUCCCGAGGCUGCAGAGAUUGGUGUUCUCUCACUCAGCACCGUUCACCUACCCAUCGCCCUCUUCGACGACUUGUCUCUCCAUGUCGCAGAUUACGCAGAGUUAUCCUCAGUCGUGGGUGACAUAAAAGCAGCGGCAAGUGAACUUGCCGCGGGUGAGGAGGGCGCUGUAGCCUCAAAUCCCGACUACACUUUCAUCCCGGCAAAAGGCUCAUGGGCAUUCGACUCCCGAAUUAUCGAGGUCCACACAACUUCGGGUAGCAUCGAUGGUAACUGGCCAUUAUAUGAUAUGUUAGGCCUACACACCACCUCUGGCAGCAUUCAAGUUAGCAUUACGCCGGGAGAAGAGCUUGAGGACCACCCCAAGCCCGCCGUCUUAUCACUCACCACGAUAUCAGGCACCAUCUCCGCCGCGGAACCCAUCCAUGAACCCAACCUCAUUCCACAACGCGAUUACCUAGUGGACGUGAGCACCACAUCCGGCGGCGUGCACGGCGCACUAGCCUUCAGCGCAGGGAUCACAGUGCACAGCACGGCGAGCAACCUGGCCCUCGAUCUGCUCCCGGUCAUCAACAUGGACAAGAUAAACGCGCGGAACCCCGCGCAACUCGAGACGAUAACAACGAGCGGCGCGAUCGCGGUCCGCGUCCUCGAGCCGAAGUUCUACGACGGCAACGGCAAGGCGCUGACGGCGCAGGUGCUGGAUUGCCUGGACGCCACGCAUAAAUCCACGAGCGGCAACGUCGGGCUCCGGUAUCCGCAGUCGUGGGAGGGCAGUCUCGACGCCAAGACCACGAGCGGCCGGAUCGUGGCCAGAGGGAAAGACCUCAAGAUUAUCAAGUCUUCGCGCGGGUGGCCUGGAAGCAUGGUGGAGGCGCGGAAAGGGGCCGAAGGAGAGAAGUCAACGAUCGAGGCGCGCGCUCAUCUGGGUAGUUUAGACAUUCUCAUUGGGGAGCAGACGUGAAUGUCACGUAGCUGGGAUAGCUAUGAAUGCGAAAAGGAAAAAACUGUGUAUAGGAAUGAUGAUAUGAGGACGGUUGGCGGAGUUGCGAUAUAAUCACGUGGUGGGCGGCAUAUUACGUAUCAUGGAAAUAACGGUACUUACCCUCAGCUUUUUGGUCUUUG